AAAUAUCAUUAACCUAAAAUAGAACAAGAGCGAGGGAGUCGACGUUCUGUGUGGGCGGAGAUGGAAACCACCAAGGGCGGUGGGGCUGGGAAAUCGGACAUGAAGAAGGUCUCCCAGCAUGAAUUCGGCGGCGAAGAUGCGCCACUCUCCAUCUCAAUUAUCGAGAACAUGAAAGAGGAGUACGGGCUGUUUGUCUGGCCGUGCAGCGUAAUACUGGCCGAGUAUGUUUGGCAACAGCAGCGGCGCUUCUCCGGCGCCAGAGUGGUGGAGCUUGGGGCGGGGACGUCACUGCCAGGAUUGGUGGCCGCUAAGCUGGGUUCCCAUGUCACUCUCACCGACGACGCCAACAGACCGGAGGUUUGUGUGUGUGUGGGAGCGAUUGAAGUAGCAGUUGCAGUAUUUGAGCAGGUGCUGGACAACAUGGGGAGGGUGUGUGAGCUUAAUGGAGUUGAUUGCAAAGUGGUAGGACUUACAUGGGGAGUGUGGGACUCGUCUGUUUUCGAUUUGGAGCCCAAGUUCAUCCUAGGAGCUGAUGUUCUUUACGAAACCACUGCAUUCAAUGACCUCUUUGCGACUGUGGCAUAUCUGCUUCAGAAUUCUCCAGGCUCUGUGUUCAUAACAACUUAUCAUAACCGGAGUGGGCAUCAUCUAAUCGAGUUGUUGAUGGCAAAAUGGAGGUUGAAGUGCUCAAAGCUUCUUGACGGGUUCUCAUUCAUGCCACCCCACAAGGCAUCUGCUUUAAGUGGCAAUAUUCAGCUGGCUGAGAUAGUGGCAUUAGACUGAUAUGUGAACUGCAGCAUCCAAUACAAGGCUAACGAUCGAGUCUCAAUUGCACAGACAAGAAGAAUCAAGAAAGCCCUGUAGAAUUCUCAUUUCUAGGUUCGCUCCGCUGAAAACUUCUUUGGCCUCAAGACGCAUGGGUCGAGUUAUGAACAAGGGCUUGACAUAGUGGUAAUACCACUGGCUCUCAAUUCUCCAAACUAUACAUCUUUUUCUUAUUGUUUCGUCGGUAGGUAUGCGAACAAACCUAUUCAUCAUCUCGUGGCUACACAGUCCCGACAGUUAUCUCAUCUUUCUUUAAGCACAUCCUGACGAACAGUCAGGAUAUCGAAAAAUACAAGAGGGCGCAUAGCACCAGGGUUCAAAUCAAUCUAAACACCGGAAUUGAACCGAC